UUUCUUUUUGAAAAAGUGUUCCAAAGUUUUUGAGCUAUGAACAUAUGAAGAGUCAAUCUUCAAAAAUAUGGGAUUUCCCCUAUCCUUUUCUCUACGGUACGGUGAAAAAGUGACAUGCACGGUCCAGAAUCUCCGAGCAUCCAUGCGCUCGCCUGUCUUGCUGUGCACCACAGCUUCGAAGAUUCCGUCUCCUCUCCAGACGGACGCAGCCAAUCGAGUUCGAGAUUCCUUCCACGCGGAGUAUAUUCAUUCCCAGGCCGCUCUCCAGUGAUUAAUCCCCUUCUCAAUCUGUCAUCCAUCGGCUCUCCUCCAGAAUGCAGGGCGUCCUCAUCAGGCGCGCGCAGGCGCAGGCGCACUGGCACUGUCCAGCCAAGGUCCCCCGCCACGUCCCGUUCAUCUGCCCGGCGUCAUGCAUCCCAAGAAGCAGAAGCCUUUGCUGCCCCAGCAAACGUUGCGGCGCCGCCGCUGGCGAGCGCGCGCGAGCCGUCGCGGUGAGAGCGCGCGGGCGCCGGGAGCAAGCGCCGCCGCGGCCGGAGGACGCUGCUGGCGCCGGGGACGGAACCGGAGCGUCGUCCGCCGGUGGCGCCAAGAGAUGUGGGAGCGUGGCCGGCGCCGUCGCGCUCAUAGUGGGGACAAGCAUCGGGUCCGGCAUCCUCGCCGUGCCGCAGAGCACCGCUCCCGCGGGCUUCAUUCCGAGCGCCGUAUGCAUGAUCGUCUGCUGGGCCUUCCUGGUGACCGAAGCGCUGCUCCUCGCGGAGAUCAACGUCCACCUGUGGCGGAAGAAGAAGAAGAAGAAGAAGAAAGACGAGCAGGAUGAUGGCGAGAACAGCGGCGGCGGCGGCCUGGAGGUCAUAUCCCUGAAAAGCAUGGCGCAGGAGACGCUGGGCGAGUGGGGAGGGAACCUGGCCGCCAUCGCCUACCUGUUCCUGUCCUACACUUCCAUGGUCGCCUACACGUCUAAAUCCGGCGAGGUGCUGUCGCGCUUAACCGACGUGCCCGAGGCAGUCUCCGGCGCCGCCUUCACGGCUGCCCUCGCGCUCCUCAUCGCCGCCGGUGGCACGGGCGUCACCGCCCAAGUGAACCAGCUGCUCACCUCCUUCAUGAUAGGGUUACUGCUAACGAUUGAAGUCUCGGCUGUAGCGUUGGGUGGUGGUCUGAGCCUGCCAGCCAACACCCACUGGGAGCAGGUUCCCGCAACGCUGCCCGUGAUCAUCUUCACGCUGGUCUACCACGAUAUCGCACCAGUGAUUUGCGCGUACCUGGAAGGGGACCUCGCGAGGAUCCGGCUCUCGAUCCUCGUCGGGAGCAUCGUGCCGCUGCUGUCCUUGCUCGUGUGGGACGACAUCGCGCUGGGCCUCUCCACGGAUCUCAGCGGGUUUGGCAUUCAGGACGUGUUAAAGACAGAAUGGAGCAACGCGAUGGUGGAGACAUUCUCGCUGCUGGCCGUCGGGACGUCGCUCAUCGGGACUCUGCUUGGAGCUUCGCAGUUCUUCAUCGAGCAGAUGACCAGUCUAGUGCUCUCUUCAGGCCAGCGAGAUGAGAAGACCAACGAGGACGCUUUUGAGGAUGAUGGAUCAAAGCAUCUUGGUUGGAAAACGUUGCUGGAAAACAACAGGCUCAGCUACGUUGCCACAGGGGUUGUGGUUGUCCCAACCAUGAUCAUAGCAGCUGCUGUCCCGGAUUCAUUUUCCAUAGCUACUGACAUUGCAGGCGGCUACUGCAUGACCAUCUUGUAUGGUGUUCUCCCUCCACUGAUGGCCUGGUCUAUUGGCUCUAAGUUAUCUGAUCAAAACGUCGGGCUUGCAGAAGUAGAAACAUCUAUGGGUGGCAAGGGAAAGGUGGACUUCACUAGUGCAAAACCAGUCCUAGUGGGGAUGGGGGUGUUCUCUGUAUUAAUGGUCUUCGAGCAAAUCUUGCAAGACUUGUUAAGUUUUAACUCCUAUCUCCUCACGUGGACUAGCUAGGAUAGAAAGAAGUAAAAAAAAAGGAGUAGCAACUAGCAAGUGCCGAAUAAGUAGAGAAUGUUUCUCCAUAUGGUUUCAUGGUUGAGGAAAAAAGAUGUUAGUUUCAUCAUGUAAAUCAGUAACUGUUGAAGUUCAAAUGGCGAUUGUGAACCCACCUUUCCCGCGCACAACUUUGCCUCUUACCCAUGUUAAUUUACCAUAAAUCAAUAAAAAUUACCCUCUUGUGCCCACAAGAGGGUCAACCA